ACCCCGCGAUCUCCAUCGCGGCUUGGGACCUGGCGGUUCAGCAAACUUCCGGCAGACACUCCGACUUCCCUCGUUCUCUCGUCUCCUCUAGUUCGUGCCUCGUUUAUUUCCGAAGAUGGCAACAGAGAGAUCUGACCUUACGCACCGGAUUCUCCCCCGGGUACUGCUGAGCGAUGGCUCUGCCGGCUCCUUGACGGCCCCGCCCCCGCCUCUACCCCGCGAGACUCUAGCAGGAACCCGGGCCCAAGAACGCUUUCGCGUUGCGGGCAACGCAAUUGUGACCGGAGGAGCUGGCGACCUUGGGUUUGCGGCGUGUAGGGCGCUCCUGGAGCACGGAUUAGAGGGCUUGAUGAUAUUCGAUAUGAACCCGGCCGAGGCACAGGCUAGAAUCGACGCACUCGCGUCCGACUUUCCCGGCGCCAAGAUUCACUUUCUGAAAGUUGACGUGACCGACGAGGAUGGUGUGAAUCAUGCCGUCGAUGAGACAGUCAAGCUUCUUGGUGGCGUUGUCAGUACCUUGUUAAGCUUUGCCGGAAUAGUCGCUUGCGGACACGCCCUGGAUUGGUCGGCGAUGGACUGGAACCGCGUAAUGAGCGUUAACACGAUUGGUGGUUUCCUUGUCGCCCGGGCAGUGGCCAGGAAGAUGAUAGAGCACGGCACCGGGGGGAGUAUGGUCUUUAUAGCCAGCAUGUCAGCACAUAGAGCGAAUUACCCCCAACCCCAAGUGCCCUAUAACGUCUCGAAAGCCGGGGUGGUGGCUAUGGUCAAGUCGCUGGCGGGCGAGUGGGCCAGGUAUGGCAUCCGGGUGAAUAGCAUUUCCCCAGGAUAUAUGGACACUAUCCUGAACGAGGGCGACGGACUUGAUGAGGCAAGGAAGAUAUGGCUCAGUCGUAAUCCAUUGGGAAGGAUGGGCCAACCAGACGAGAUGUCGGGAGUUGUAGUAAUGCUCGCGAGCCGUGCUGGCAGCUAUUUCACCGGCUCAGAUUUCCUCAUGGAUGGGGGACAGACCAUUUUCAUGUAGAACACCAUUGACCACGACGACCCCCAAGUU